UAAUUGGUCAAAAGUCUUGGAAGACUUAUACACGGAUUAUGUAAUAUAAGAGUUAAUUUAUCUGAAGUCCCAGAUAUUUACCAUAUGUUCUUAUCAGUCUAUUUAUUACAAUGGAACAUAAGAAUACUUAGCUUUAAUGUUACAAAAUUACACUUUCAUGUAAGUAAAUAAUAUAUUUGAAUACACAAAAUAAAUUGUAAUUGUCUUAAAAUUUCAAGUGAUGAUUUCUAAAAUGUUAAAGAGAUUCCAGGCUAUUCAAAAAACAAUCCGAAGAAAGGCACUGUUCAACUUUAACAGAAAGUUAACAUUUAUUUCUUUCCCAUGUAUCCUCAUACUUUUCCUGGUCACAACUUUUCUACAAGAAGAGAACACAGCCUUUGUUUCCAGUUUAAAGAAAAACCUGGCAACCUAUAAAUAUUACAAGUUUAACUGGAACAAAGUUAAUAUUAUUACGACAAAUUUUACUAUCAAAGGUGAACAAGUGUGUGCAAAUGAAGUUCCGUUUCUACUAAUUAUAGUUCCAAGCAUGCCGGCUGAUAGGUCAGAACGUAACAGCAUUAGAAACACCUAUGGAUCCUAUUCAAAAGUACAUGGGAGACCAAAUGCAAAAAAACAGACUGGUUCUUUCAAAGAUGGCUACAUACAACUCAUUUUCAUGAUGGGAAAAGCUGAAGAAAAAAAUACAGAUAUAAUGCUGAAGAAGGAAAGUGAUCUGUACGGUGAUAUUGUGCAGGCUGAUUUUGAAGAAUCAUAUCCUAACUUGACUCUAAAAAUCCUCAGUGCAUUAAAGUGGAUGAUGCAGUUUUGUAAAAAGGCAAAGUUUGUUCUUAAAAUCGAUGAGGAUGCUUUUGUAAAUAUUCCGUUACUGGUGAAGUUCUUGAAAAGCAAUCCGCCUGAAAGAAAGGGCACCGUCUACGGACAUAUUUAUUCCAACAGUAGUCCAGUUCAAAGAAGAGGAAGGUGGAAAGUUCCUUUUGAAAGCUACCCACUGGACUAUUAUCCAAGCUACGCCGCUGGAAACUCAUAUGUCUUAUCAGGAAAUAUCAUCCAAAACCUAGUUACACACUCAGAAUAUUUUCCAUAUAUUCCCAUUGAAGACGCAUUUAUCACUGGAAUACUCAUUAAUUCUAUAGGUGCCAAACACUUAAACAAUUUUGGUUUUACAUACUGGCUACAAAAGCAACAACAGCCGUGUCAGUUUGUUAAGGAAAGAAGAAUUACAGCUAACAAGGUUACAGAUUCGCUUAAGGACGAGUACUGGGAUGCUUGCAAUAAUUUUACUAAAUUCUGUUCAUUUUCUGAUUACAAAAACAAGAGACUGGAAACUAGAAAGAAACACCAUAUUGCUGUAAAGUGAAGGCUAAAGUCUUUUUUUCAGUCAAACAAGGGCCUGAGUGCUCAAUUAUUACCAAAGCCAGUUUUUUGCCUUGUUAGAAAUAUGCAAUUAUUACCAAAGCCAGAGUUUUUUGCCUUUUUGGAAACAUGUGUACAUACGUAUUGUAUAUGUAAACAUGUGUACCAAUAAAUAAUUAAUAUCUUUACAUUUUUUUUAGUUAUAGUUAAGUUAAAUGUUUUUUCACAGAAAUGCCAACAACAA